CCGGUUGAGGAUAAUUUAGAAAAAGUUCAAAUUUCUGGUGAGAUAGAAUCAAAUUCUGAACAAGCCAUCCCACAGCACCUUCGGAAACUUCGUGGUGGUUUUGGUAGAGCUGAUUGUUCUAAUACAGCUGUUAUUUGUGGGUUUGGUUGUUGUUUAAUUAUUAUUAUAUUAGUCAUUAUUUUACCAUUAUAUUUUACUGGAAAACUUGGUGCUGCAUACGAAAAAUAUAGUCCAGGAUGA